AUGGCUUACAAUAACUAUGCCCCGCCGGGAUCGUAUGGCAGGCCGCCGUAUGGAGGUUUCCCACCUAACAUGGGCCCUCCGCCAGCCAUGGGUGCCGCACCUGGUAUGUCGCCUCCUCCAGGCAUGAGCCCCGCUGCCACCCCUCUUCCUGGCCGUCCUUCCUCAGUCGCUGCGCCCUUCGCUCCGCCGCAAAACUUGCCCGACAUCAAUUUCAACGCUCCUGUCAUUCGUCUCGGUGUCAGCCAGUCCAACUCCAAGCCCUCUCCCUACGGCUAUGAUUCGCGCGCCCCCGAUAAUGCUUCCGGUAACCGCUCCCGUCAAGGUCUAGGCGCCGACCAGAGAUUGCCUCGCGAAACCGUUCAACUCGUCCCCCCUACCUUGGAAGAAGUUAGCAGAACCAUUUUCAUCGGAGGCUUGGUUGAAGGUGUCCCCGAUGAUGCCCAGCUUGAGGAUAUCUUGGGUGCUGGUGGUCAAGGUCCUGUGAAGCUGCGCCGCUGGACCCGUGUGACAGAUGCUGACGGCAAGCCUUGCCGCUUUGGUUUCGCCGAGUACGAGGACGCUGGUGCUCUACAACUCGCCACGGAAAUUUUCAAGGACGUCGAGGUUCCUCUGCGCGAAAAGGGCAAACUUCUGAAAGAUGAAGAGGGAAACGUCAAGAAGGCUACACUCAUGGUUGUUGUCGAUCAGAAUUCGCUCGAAUACAUCGAGAAGUGGUCCAAGCCUUCUGCUGAAGAGUUGCAAUUCCGCCUGGACACGGCAAAGGAUGAUCUAAAUCGUGUUCUGGCUCAAUUGUCCUCCAAGGAUUCUUUGACUAAUGGCGCAGACAAGAACGGAGAUAUUGUCAUGGAAGAUGGUCACAAACCAGAUGGCGCUGAAGUCAUCACUAUUCCCGUUUCUGCCGAAGACGAGUUAUCCGACAUUCCUGCCGAGAUGCGCGAGACGGUCGCUGCCGAGAUCAAGUCUUUCAGGGAUCGCAGCAUCCAGCGUGAUCUUGAGCGCUUGCGCAAGGAGGAAGAGCUGGAAGCCGCCGAACGCAACAGAUCCGCCCCUAGACCCAGUCGUCUUGCCUCCCCGCCUCCAUCUGCCCCCUCAGGUCCUGGAGGUGUCAACGGUGUGCCCGUUGGUCCUCGCGAUCGCACCGUUGCUGGAGCUCCUUCGGGUCCCAAAGGUUACAGAGGAGCUCAGAUGCCCAAGGACUAUGUCGAUGGCGUCAACUUUGUCAACGGAAAGCAAGAAGAUGACGAUGACCCGGCUUCUGACUCGGAACUCGAACGUCGUCGCGAAGAAAAGAAGAAUGCAGAACUGGAGAAGGUUUACUUGGAUCAAGAAAGACGCUGGCUCAACGUGGAAAGAAGACAUAUCCAGGCGCUCGCACGUGCUGAUGCCGAAGAGGAGGCAGAACAAAGCGCUCGCCAACAGCGUCGCGAAUCUCUGGCACAAAAAUACCGGGAAUUUGAUGACGAGGAGGAGUUGCGCAGACCUACCGAACUCUUCUAUCGCGAUCGCAAGGCAUGGAUUCGCGCACGCAGAGACUUCAAGCACGCCGAGCGUUCAAGAGACGAGAAGGACCGCGAUGAUGAGAGAAAAGAACGUGCACGCGAGCAGCGCAAGAUGGACGGUGCUCGCGGUUUGGCCGACGACUUCCUGGCCGAAACUGGACAAGAGCUGUCGCGCAAUGCCACGAAACCUCAACCGAGAGCCUUCACCCUCAACCUGGGCAGUCUCGGUGCCAACAAUGCUGCUCGCGAGGAAUCAGAGGAACCGGAAGAGCAACAGAAGAAGGGCGUCGCGAAGCAGCAGACCAUGGCCGAGAUGGAAGGUCUGCUCGACGACGAAGAAGACAACACUCUUGGAAGCGGAGAUCGCAAGAAGGCACUGCUGCGCGCAGUCGAUUUCAAACCACUUGCCGCCGGCGAAAAGAUGAACGACGACGAACGUCAAGCCGCCACUCGCGCACUCGCCGCAUCCAUCCCUACAUCCCUCACCGAUCUCUUCGGCUGGCCUGUCAAAUGGGCACACCUCCCCGACUCGGUCAUCCGCGAGCAACUGCGCCCUUACGUCCAAAAGAAGAUUUUCGAAUCGCUGGGUGUGCAGGAAGACAUGCUGGUCGAGGUCAUCGAAGGUGUCGUCCGCAGACAUGGUCGUCCUGAGGAGAUUGUGGAAGAGCUUAGUGACACCCUUGAUGAGGAAGCUGAAGGUCUUGCGAGAAAAGUAUGGCGCAUGGUCGUUUUCUUCUCCGAGUCCGAGGCUAGAGGGUUGGUCGUCAGGGAGUAG